AUGCGUGGGAGAUGGCGUUCUUCGGAUCACAACGUUCCUAUUAAGCACUUGUUCCUAAUGAAACUUCCUGAUACAUCAGCCCAGAGGUGCAAUCCCAUUAAAAUACGGCCAUUGUCUGUAAGACAUGGAAAAUGUCAAGCCUGCAAGCUGCCUCAGAUUCGAACCUUUACAGGGGAAUCAUCCAUCACCCAAUCGGUUAGAGCAGAUGGGCGUUCGAUACAUGAAACUUUGAUCCGUAUUACCAGAUCAUCCAUUUCGGCCUUGUGUCACACCAUCUCCUUAAUCAUCAAAAAGUUCACUGGGCUUACAGGAAGCAUUGACAAGUCAGAUCUUCGAAACUCACCAAAUUGUUCCGGAUCGAGAACAAUGGGAUAA